AUGGGGAUUCUAAUGAGGUUUAGGCGAUAUUGCAUAGCGUGGACGGCCGACAUCGAGAAGGCGUUUUUGCAAAUCAAAAUCCACAAAGACCACGAGCAAAUCGUGAGGUUUCUUUGGGUCGAAGACCCCGAAGCUGCCAUACCCAAGGUGGUGGUCUACGCAUGGAAGAGACUCACCUUUGGACUCGCAUCGAGCCCAUUUAUACUCAGGGCCGUUCUAACCUGGCACCUGCAGAAGUACGAAACAGAGUACCCAGGCAUCACAGCCAGGACUCUUAACCAAAUCUAUGUCGACGACUGGAUGGGGGGAGCCGAAACUCCCGAACAAGCUGCCGAAGAGAUAAGGCUGAUAAGUCGAAUCUUGGGGGAGAUCAAGAUGAAACUCUGUAAGUGGUCGACGAAUUCGGCCGAGCUAACAAACUUACUACGGGGGGAGUUCGAAUUCUCCUCCCGACCAUCGAAAUUGGGAAUAGAUGAGGUGUUCGAACAUGCGGACAAAAAGGCUCUGGGAAUCCUUUGGGACCCAGUAACCGACCAGUUCAAAUUCAACGCCGAUAAAAUAAUAUCCGAGGCACGAAGGCUAGGAGAAGGGCUUACCAAGCGACAGCUGUUUAGCCUAGCGCUAACGCUAUACGACCCGUUGGGCUUCAUCUCAUGGUUAGCCAACGGCAAAUGGGAUCAGAUAGUGAACAGUUGCACCAAUGAGAAUUGGGAGGAGUUCAUCAAAGGUCUCGAAGACCUACAGCUCAUACGGAUUCCUCGCUGGACGGGCAUAGAGGUUAAGGAGCCUAGCGAACUCCACAUCUUCUGCGAUGCCAGCGAGGUAGGAUAUGGGGCCGUAGCAUACGAAGUGCAAGGGACGACGAUCGCCCUCAUAGCAGCAAAAUCAAAGGUGGCUCCGUUACCAAAAAAGGCAAUGACCAUCCCUCGGCUCGAACUGCUGAGUAACCUGAUGGCGUCUAUACUUGGCAAGUAUAUACGAGACCAACAUCGGGUUGAACACAAAGCGCACAUCUGGACCGAUUCUCAGAUAGCGACAUGUUGGAUCACGGCCACCAACAAAACCCCAGAAAUCUGGGUACAAAACCGAGUCUCGAAGAUCAGAGAAUUCGGCGCAGAAAUCCACUUCUGCGAAGGGACUCAGAACCCGGCUGAUCUCCUCUCAAGGGGAGGCUCAGCAAAGGAAAUCCAGAGAUCGAACUGGUGGAAGGGCCCCGAAUGGCUCCCGGAGUAUGACAAGUAUAAGCCGAUCGAAAUCAAGGCAAACCUCAUUCAAACGGAUAUGGUCCGUCCGAAACACCCAGACUGGCGCAAAGAGUACAGCGACUGGGAUAAAAUGGUCAGAGCUCAGGCUAUGAUCCAAAGAGCAGUGGACGGCUUUAAAGGUAAAAUGUACCGGCCUUCCCUCAUUAUCGAGCAAGUCCUGUUUGACAUGGUUGACUUGAAGGAAAUCAAGUUCAAAAAACCGGGAUCGAGAUGCCAGGUUUCAUUCAAGCGACUCACAUAUGAGGAGCUACUCACGGCACGAUACGCCUUGAUAAGACACGCACAGAUGGAGUCAUACCCCGAGGAUUACGAUAGAAUCGAGCGGGGGAAAGUCCCGAGAGACAAGAUGUUCAGAAAGUUGAGACCGGUGUUCGACACGACGAAUCGAAUUAUCAGGUGCAGGGGACGAGCCCAGGUACUGUUGGCAAGAUAUCAUCUCGAUGCAUUGAUCUUACUCCCGCCCGAUCACUAUAUAACCACAGUCUUGCUACGCAAGCUGCAUAGGAGGGUCGGGCACAUGGGAAUGAACGCCAUGACCAUGGAAGUCAGAAGCGAAUUCUGGCUGCCCAAACACUGUCAGGUGAUAAAAGACAUCCUCAACCGAUGCGUGAGAUGUCAGAAGGUCAACGCAACAGCCUUCAGCGAAAAGCCAGCUCACUUGCCAAUUGAACGGCUGAAAAUAUCCGAUCCUUUUUCAGUCACCGGCAUCGACAUGGCCGGUCCGUACAAUGUACUAGUAAACGAACCGAGUAAAGCGGUGAUAGUCCAGCCAAGGACUGAGCCAGGAGUCCCCGAAGAGGAAUCAGAAUCAUCCGACGAAUCGGAUGAAGAGUUGGUACCGGAGAGAGUCGAUGCCCUCGACAAGAAAAAGAAAAAGAAAAAGAAAGAAAAGAAACAACCCAAGUUUGCGAUUGACGGGAGACAGAUAGUCAAAGUGUACAUAGUUAUGUUCACUUGUGCCACGACAAGAGCCGUUCACCUAGAGGUAACUAGAGGAAAAAGUGCGGCGGCGUUCAUUAACGCUUUCCGUCGGUUCUGCGCGUUAAAAUACGCGCCAAGAACAGUCUAUUCAGACAACGCGCUGGAAUUCGAUAGUACGGCAAGAUACCUCAGAAGACUCUGGCUAUGCAAGACAGUCUACGACUUCAUGGCCAAUAGAAACAUCUCUUGGCGGUUCUCAGCGAGUGUAGCUCCCUGGUGGGGUGGCUUCUGGGAACGCAUGAUAAAGACCGUGAAGCAAGCGUUGCAUAAGACCUUUAACCCGAAGCAGAUGGACUUCGACAUGUUCCAUACGGUGAUCACAGAGAUCAGUGACAUCGUAAACAACCGUCCGUUGGGAUAUAUCGCUGGCGACGAAACGGCUCUAACUCCGAACCAGUUAAUCAAAGGAGGCUUUGUAAACAAGUUCGACACCGAACCUCCGGAAGAGGAAGAACUGCUCGGCGCAGACUCCUUGUUUCUCACGAACAGAGAAGCCGCUAGACGAAAGCUAGUGGCAGACUGGUGGACAGAAUUCGUCCCAACCUAUCUGAAGGAUCUAAAUAGAUUCCAUCAAGAGCAAAUACCGUCGAAAUCGGUCAAGCUAGGACAAGUAGUCUUGAUCCACGUGGACUACGUCAAGCGAAUCAAUUGGAACAUUGGGCGAGUGAUCGAACUCAUCAAGGGUCGAGAUCACUUAGUCCGGAAAGUCAAGCUAGUCAUGGUCGACUCAAAGGGCAAAACGUCAAUCGUAAAUAGACCUGUCCAGAACUUGUACCCUCUCGAAGUAGAACCAGGUAUCAUCGACGCAGACUUUGCCAAGAACCCGAGCAGAUUUGGAGAUCACGUAACCUCAUCUGGGCAAGUAUGUAAGAGAACUUACAUGGGGGGAGUGUGGAAUACCACGGCCCUCGGCGAUGAGGCUACGGAUUGCCGGCCACAUGUGGCACAGCCACGAGAGGUAACGAUUGCCUCGGCAUUUGACGGAGUAACUGGGAAACGUCCGGGCAACGGUGAUAAGGCUACGAGUCGCCGGCCACAUGGGGCACAGCCGCGAGAGACAACGAGUGCCUCGGGUGUGGACGGUGGAGACACGAAUCGUCCGUCAGAUGUGGCACCGGCCACGGGAGUAAGACCACGACACGGUCAACCGAAGAUGCCGGUGGUAAACUUACCGGCGUCGGCCGACCUCGAAAGGUCUAACCCGAUAGAGUGGAUAGAUGACGAAGAUCUAACACCCAAGCAGCUCAGAGCUGAAGUACGAAGACGCGACCGAGCGCAGGCAGCGUGGAGACCGAAGCCCGCUGCUAAGAAUGCGACAGGGGUUGAUCCGGACCAGCGCGAGGUGCUGGACGGAUAA